AACCGCCCGACAAGCACCCAACAGCCCCCCCUUUUCCGCGCCUGGCGGCGGCAGCUCCGGGCGGUUAGAACCGCGACCCGGGCGCCCGCCACAGCUGCGCAGGCGCCGUGGGGGGGGACCGCCACCGCCCCAACUACCAUACACCCCGCCUCCCGGGGCACCUCCCGGCGCGGGGCCAGGCGUCCCGAGGCUCGGCGCUCUGGGGCUGCGACGGAGGCGCAGGCGGCGGCGGGAAAAUUGGCUAUCACCUUUUGGAAUGAUGUCCACAAUGAAGUUAGUAUUGACACUUCUAUUUUCUGGAGUUAUAACUAGCUGCAGAGGUAAUUCUACAUAUAAUUUGGUGCCCCGAUUACUCUUGGUAUCCUUUGAUGGCUUCAGGGCUGACUAUCUAAAGAAGUAUGAACUUCCUCAUCUUCGUAAUUUUAUCAAAGAAGGUGUCUUGGUGGAGCAUGUUAAGAACGUUUUUAUCACCAAAACUUUUCCAAAUCAUUACAGCAUAGUGACAGGCCUGUAUGAAGAAAACCAUGGCAUCGUGGCUAACUCAAUGUAUGAUAAAGAAACACAAAAAAGUUUUUCAGAAUCUAAAGACAAAGAUCCUUUCUGGUGGAAUGGAGCAACCCCCAUUUGGGUAACCAAUGAGCUUGAGGAAAACGGAACAAGUGCUGCUGCUAUGUGGCCUGGCACUGAUGUGGCUAUCCACAAUACAACUCCUUCCUAUUAUAUGAAUUAUAAUCCUUCAGUAACAUUUGAUGAGAGAUUAGACAAUAUUACUAAAUGGCUGAACAACUCAGAUCCUUUGGUUACCUUUGCAACACUUUACUGGGAAGAACCAGAUGCAAGUGGACACAAAUAUGGACCUGAAGAUAAAGACAAUAUGAGUGUUGUAUUGAAAGAAGUAGAUAACCACAUUGGUCACCUUGUCCAGAAACUCAAGACAUUGGGAUUGUGGGAAAGCCUCAAUGUGAUCAUUACAAGUGAUCAUGGGAUGACCCAGUGUUCUAAGGAUAAAUUAAUAAAAUUGGAUGCCUGCAUUGAUCGCUCAAACUACACUAUAGUAGACACGACCCCGGUUGCUGCAAUACUGCCUAAAGAAAAUCAAACCUAUGUUUUUAAAAAGCUAGAACAUUGCAGUACUCACAUGAAAGUCUAUCUUAAAGAUGAUAUUCCAGAAAGAUUUCAUUACCAACACAAUGAACGAAUCCAACCAGUUCUUUUGGUUGCUGAUGAAGGCUGGACAAUUGUGCUUAAUGAAUCAUUUAAGUUAGGUGACCAUGGUUAUGAUAAUGCAUUGCCGAGCAUGCAUCCAUUCCUGGCUGCCCAUGGCCCUGCUUUUCACAAAGGCUAUAAGUACAGCACAAUUAACAUUGUAGAUAUAUAUCCUAUGAUGUGUCACAUCCUGGGAUUAAAACCACUUCCAAACAAUGGAACUUUUAGUAACACUAAAUGUUUAUUAGCUGAUCAAUGGUGCAUAAAUCUCCCAGAAGCUAUCGGAAUAGUGAUCGGUGCCUUUCUGGUGUUAACUGCUCUGACCUGCCUCAUCAUUAUCAUGAAAAACAAACUGUCUGUUCCACGCUCAUUUUCCCGACUUCAACUGCAAGAAGAAGAUGAUGAUGAUCCUUUGAUUGGAUAGCUGUGCAAAGUCUUGACUUUGUGUCUUGAAGCAGUCAUUUGAGUUAGUCAUCAAAAAUAGGAGAAUUAUGCUGGAUGGUAUAUCAGCAAAAGGUACACUUUGAAAGAAUUACAAAGGAGUUAGACCAAACAUGGUAACAGUUGUUUUUAUACAUCUUUUGGUGUGUUAGCAAAUACAAACUACUCUGACUGACCAUAGAUAAGUUCACUACACAAGCCAAAAAGUGAUCUCUUUUGCUAACUAGAAAAGUGUGUUGUGCAGAAUUAUUUAUGCCACUUUUUGUUUUUGCAACCAUUGUACCCCCAAAUACCAAAAACUUAGCAAGUAUCUAGGGGUCUAGUGAAUUUUUAUAUUUGUAAAUGAAACAAAAUUCUUGUUGCAGUUCUUGCACGUUCAUGUAUCAGGGAAAAAAAGAGUUUCUAUAUUUUUGUAUUAACCUUUAAUAAGACCCUUCCCCUCAAGUAAUAUAUACAUAUGGUGAUGUAGAGUUAGGAAAUAGGAAAGCAGAGAUCCAAUCUAAGAACGAUGAUUCUUAGGAAAGGUAAUCCGAGUUAAAUUUUUGCUAGCCAGUGUGUGUUUGUCAUCAUUCUUGGGAAAUAUUUUAUGACUCUAAUCUGCUGGGGUCUUGAAGAAUUGUGCCUGUUUAGAACUGUAGGAGGAAGUAUAACAAAGUAUUACAUAUUUUAUGAAUGGCUUUUCUUCCUGAGUUACAAUGUAUUUAGUGUCUAUGUGGCACCUGGGCUUUUUUUUUUUUAAGAGAGAACCCGACAACCUAACUUUUAAUAUUAGGUUUGUGGACUUUCAAAUAACCAUUAAUCCUUUUAGGAAGAUUUCAUUUUUGCACUUAAACUUAAGUUUUAAAUUUUUUUGCACUUAAACAUCCUAUUUUUGUAACUCAUGAAUUACAACUAUACUUAUUUUUUUAAUCACUGGUUUUGGUUACUAUUGCUAAUUUUCUCAUGUUAUUUAUUUUAACAUCUGAUAUCCUGUUACUAGGAAACAUAUGAUAUGAGAAGUAUUCUCUCUCCCCUAAGUACUGAGAUUUAGGACCUUUUUACCUUAUUUGUGUGUCAUCUUUGAAGAAUAAAAAUUAUUUACACUGUGAUUUUUGUUCGCUCUGUAACGAUGCUGAGCAUCCCAAAUAACGUUGUCCUUAUCUUCAGUUCUUAUUUGUAUCGCAGAAAUAUUGCUUCUCAUGUUUUGACUGGCUUAAAGCCAAAGAUUUAUUGUGAUGGAGGGUCCUUCCACCCAAGGGUGGUAUUUCCCUAAUGCUAAUUGAGAAUUUAAGAUUCUUAUAAGGAAAUUAACACAUUGCAUUCUCAGUAACUAUUUAGUGGAAAAUUUUGUCUAUAUAAUCAGAGAUAUGCCUGAGACAUGUGGUUAGUAGAACUUGGGAUCUUUAAAAAGUUAGUAGUGUGACCUUGUAAACAUCAAUUUUGGAAGAUACUCUUCACAAAAUAUUGUGUUUUCUAAGUAAGUUAACUUUUGAUUAUUUGUGAUGAUGGGACACAGCAUUUGUAUUGAUUAGCAACCUGUUGAGCCAACCUGUGUAGUCAACUCUGCCCCACUCCUGGUAGCAGAAUUCUUUGACUAAUCAGGUCAAUUGGACUCUAGAGAGAUUCCCAGACCAACUCUGCAGAAAUAACUUAAGUGUAACUAAUGUACGUGCAGGUAAAGGGAAUACUGACUGUUGAGGGCACAUGAACAAACAGAUUGUUUUGGGAUUAUUUACGUUUUUGACAAAUAUUUGUGUCUGAGGGGUAUUAGUUUAUUUUUAUGGAUUAGUGUAUGCUUUACUACUUGAUUCAGACUAGAAACUUACUUGUGGAACAAAAUUAAUUCAAAAGAAUAUAAUUGCAAAAUAUUUUUCAGAACAUUAAAUUGGGGGGUUUUGAACUGUUUUUAGAGCAAGUGCCUGAAAUGGUAGUUAAUUGUUUUGUAGUAAUUGGGGCAGAAAUUGGCCCUUACAAUCAGUAGGCUUAUUGAUCCUCAAGAAGUUUUCAUGACUUCUUUCUGAAAAUCUUAACUUUCUAAAAUGUAGCAUGUGUUUUGUUAAUGAGUUAUUUAAAACAAGAAUAUGCAUUUUAUCUGUUAAAUCCCAACAAGGUUGCAUUCUUUUUUGUUUUCAUUAGUUAAUAUAUAUCUUCCUGGGGAGAGAACAAUACUUAUAAUGAAAACUUUAUUAUUAAAUUAUACUUUGAGUUGAUUUACAGUAUGAAAGUUUUAGUCUGCCACUUUAAAAAAUAAGCCAGGAGCUGCUGUAAUGCACUGGAAAAAUACCUAGUAAAAUUAACCUUCUUAUAAAAUUGCUACAACAUUUUGGUAAACAUUUCAAAUACUUGAUUAGUACUGCUGAUAUCUUUUUAGAUACCACUUAAAAAUGAAAUAUUAAUUACUGGAGAUUUAACAAUUUCCAACAUUUCCAGUUUCCAGUAAUAAGAAUUUUGACUAUUUUUCAGUUAAGAAUGAAACUGAUAGAAGGUAUCUUACAUGAGGACAGUUCUGCUGUUUCCAUAAACAGCUAAAAACUGAACCCACUCAUAUGACAUUCCUUGGAGUGAUCUGUUAUGCUUGUUAUAAGAACUUGAAUAUCAAGUUACUUAGGACACUGGAGAAUUGAAAGUAUUUUUUCAUGGUUUUUGUUUGCCAGUAUCUGGUAAGCUCUGAGACCUGGGG